GGGGCGCAUUCGCCAUUUCGUCUGCCAGUGGGGCCCCGGGGCCCACAGUGGUAGACGAAGGACUCAGCCAAUGCCAACUGCACACGCCACCAACAGGCCAAUUAACACGCAAAGGCAAAUAAGUGUUAAUCAAUUGUUUUUCCUAUUCGCACAAGCAGCUUUGAUUAGAAGCCCAUAGUUUGUGCAGCGAUUAGAUCGUGGUGCAAAACAGCAAAACCGGUAGGUUCCAGGCGGCAGUCGAUGGAACCGAUCACGUGGAAGCAGGUGCUGCCCCAAGUGGUGGCCACGUUGCUCGGCACCCAGAUGGCCGUCUCCGACGGGAUGACGUACGGCUGGACGUCCCCCAUGAUCCCCUACCUGCAGAGCAACGCCUCCCACAUCCCCGACGUGAGCGCCGCCGCCACCGAUUGGCUGGAGACGAUCGUGCUGAUGGGGGCGGUCACCGGCCUCCCGUUCACCAUCCUGGGCGUGAACCGCCUGGGGCGGCGCAAGUGCAUGAUCCUGUCGGCGCUGAUUGGCUGCGCCUGCUGGACGGCGCUGCUCGCCACCAGCAGCCUGGCGGCGGUGUUCGCCGCCCGCUUCUUCAGCGGCAUGGCGGGCGACAUGUGCUUCGUCGCCGCCCCCAUGUACAUUGCCGAGAUCGCCGACCAUCGCAUCCGCGGCUUUCUGUCGGCCAUGAUCUACCUGAUGAUGCUGGUGGGGAUGCUGCUGGUCUACACGGUGGGGGCGCUCGCCCCCUACGCGUGGGUGCCGAUCAUCGGGAUCGGGCUGACCGCCUGCCAGGUGUGCCUGUUUCCGCUCAUGCCCGAGUCGCCCUACUAUCUGGUGUAUGUGGGGCGGGACGAGGAGGCGCGCCGCAGUCUCAAGCGGCUGAGGGGCGGCGCCGCCCCCGUGGACGCCGAGAUGCUGGAGAUCCAGGAGGCGGUGCGCCGCCAGCGGCUGGAGACGGGGCGGCUGCAGGACCUGCUGCUGAUCGACAGCAACCGCAAGGCGCUGCUGAUCAUGCUGAUCCUCAACGGGAUGCAGCACUUCGUCGGCAUCAGUGUGAUCUUCAUGAACCUGCACGUGAUCCUGAAUGAGGCCGGCUCGGCCUACUUGCCCACAUCGACCGCCGCCAUCGUGUUCGCCGUCAUCAUGCUGGGCGCCGCCACGAUCGCGUCGGCCGUCAUUGACAAGUUUGGCAGGAAGGUGCUGCUCGAGCUCUCCAGCCUCCUCACCGGGCUCGUGCUCGUCGUCAUCGCCAUCUAUUUCCACUUGAAGAACCUGCACUAUGACGUGGUGGCGGUCAGCUGGAUCCCGGCAGGGGGCGUGAUGGUCUACGCGGCCACCUUCAAGAUCGGCCUCGGAUUGGUGCCGAUCGUGGUGACGGCCGAGAUCUUCCCCACCACCAUCAAGGCGAUCGGGAUGACCAUCGCCGACGUCAUCUACGUGCUGGCGUCGAUCAUCUCGAUUUUCGUCUACAGCGCCCUCUUUCGCACGUUUGGCAUGCACGCGCCCUUCUACCUGUUCGCCGUCAGCAGCCUGUGCACCACUGGGUUUGUGCACUUUUUCGUGCCCGAAACCAAGGGGAAGACGCUGGACGAGAUCCAGCUGAUGCUGAAGGGCCACAAGCCCGCCGAAGUCGCCACGGUUAAUAAAUAUUGAUAAAUUUGG